CCACUCUCCCGUCAGCAGCCGCGCCGCCCCCGGUCACGUCCGACUUCAAAAGGCGAUAGAAGAGAACUUCAAAGUGCAGCCCGACCUCUCCUUACCCCAACCCCUCCCACUCCCGUUCUCCUGUGUCCCAGACCUUCGCCAGCCUCACUCCCGCUACCUUAUGUUUCCGAUAGGGGAUGAUUUGCAUAGACACGCCUAUAUGUGUGAGGUCACGAUAUUUACUCAUUCUCAGUUCUCAGUCUCUGGCUGGCCGAGUCCGGGCUGAGUGGGCGUGGUCACAGUGACAAGUGGGCGUUUGGCAUGGGGCGUGUACCGACUGCUGUCGAUUGGACUCCUCCCCCGGUUUAUAACGCACGGCCACUUCCGCUGGCGGCUCAGAAGCGGUGCGAUCAUGGCGGAGCGCGGUCAGCAGCCACCCGCUAAGCGGCUCUGCUGCAGACCAGGCUUCGGCUCGGCUUGCAGGCCGGGUCAGCGGGCAGGCGGAGCCCCGUGCGGGGCCGGCGGUUCGGCCCAUGGCCUGUCAGGGAAGACCCAGAACCCGGAGUCCCUGCUGGACAUCGCGGCCCGCAAGGUGGCGGAGAAGUGGCCCUUCCAGCGGGUGGAGGAGCGCUUCGAGAGGAUCCCGGAGCCCGUGCAACGCCGCAUUGUCUACUGGUCCUUCCCCCGGAGCGAGAGGGAGAUCUGCAUGUACUCGUCCUUUAACACGGGAGGGGAGGACGGGGCUGCUACGGGCGGGGUGACGGCCGCAGGGGUGACGGCCGGGGGCGCGGCAGGGGCGGCCACCGUAGCGGCCACAGCGGCUGUGGCGGCGGUGGCCGCAGCAGUGUCAGCUGGGGAGAGCAGCGACGAGAACCGGCUCCCCUUCCGCCGGGGCAUCGCUCUGCUGGAGGGCGGCUGCGUGGACAAUGUCCUGCAAGUGGGUUUCCAUUUAAGUGGCACAGUGACGGAGCCUGCAAUGCAGUCCGAGCCAGAAUCCGUUUGCAAUGUAGCUAUCAGCUUUGACCGUUGCAAGAUUACCUCAGUGACCUGCAGCUGUGGGAACAAGGACAUCUUCUACUGCGCACACGUGGUGGCGCUAUCUUUAUACCGCAUCCGCAAGCCCGAUCAGGUCAAGCUGCAUCUUCCUAUUUCAGAGACCCUCUUUCAAAUGAACAGGGACCAGCUGCAGAAAUUUGUACAGUAUUUGAUUACCGUUCACCACACUGAGGUCUUGCCGACCGCUCAGAAACUAGCAGAUGAAAUUCUGUCACAGAACUCUGAAAUCAAUCAAGUUCAUGGUGCUCCAGACCCAACAGCCGGCGCCAGCAUAGACGAUGAGAACUGCUGGCAUUUGGACGAAGAGCAGGUCCAGGAACAGGUCAAGUUGUUCCUCUCACAGGGUGGCUACCAUGGUUCUGGAAAGCAACUCAACCUGCUUUUUGCCAAGGUGCGAGAGAUGUUAAAAAUGAGGGACUCCAAUGGAGCACGCAUGUUGACGUUAAUAACUGAGCAGUUCAUGGCUGAUCCUCGCCUUUCAGUAUGGAGGCAACAAGGCACUGCGAUGACGGACAAGUACAGGCAGCUCUGGGAUGAACUAGGUGCUCUAUGGAUGUGCAUAGUCCUAAAUCCACACUGCAAGCCUGAGCAGAAAGUCAGUUGGCUGAAACAGCUGAAGAAAUGGAACAGCGUGGAUGUCUGUCCCUGGGAAGAUGGAAACCACGGGAAUGAGCUCCCGAACUUAACCAAUGCCUUGCCUCAAGCUGGGAACGCCAGUCAGGAUUCAUCACAUAGGCCUCAUCGAACAGUGUUCACACGAGCCAUCGAGGCGUGCGAUCUCCACUGGCAAGAUAGCCACUUACAGCACAUUAUCAGCAGCGACCUUUAUACCAACUACUGUUACCAUGACGACGCUGAGAACUCGCUCUUCGACUCCCGUGGGUGGCCACUCUGGCAUGAGCAUGUCCCUACAGCGUGUGCGCGGGUGGACGCACUGAGGUCACACGGCUACCCACGUGAAGCCCUCAGACUAGCAAUAGCCAUUGUCAACACUCUGAGAAGACAGCAGCAGAAAAGAAUGGAUGUGUUCCGGAUACAGAAGAAAGAACUGCUUCAUAAAGGCAUGACCUCCAUUACCAAUCUGGAAGGCUGGGUGGGGCAUCCUCUGGAUCCGAUCGGUACUCUAUUUAGCAGCCUGACUGAGGCGUGCAGAGUGGAUGACGAAGGAUUCCAUGGAUUUCCAGAUUUCACAGAUGGCUUUGGACAUUGCAGAUCUCUGGAAUACCAGCACCUGUCUCCCCACAAGUUCCUAGAGGAAGGGGAGUCCUACUUAACGCUGGCCGUGGAGGUGGCGCUGAUAGGACUGGGGCAGCAGAGGAUAAUGCCAGAUGGCUUGUAUGCACAGGAGAAGGUCUGCCGGAACGAGGAGCAGCUCAUUUCUAAACUGCAGGAAAUUGAGUUGGAUGAUACGCUGGUGAAAAUCUUCAGAAAACAAGCAGUCUUCCUGUUAGAGGCUGGGCCGUACAGUGGUUUGGGUGAAAUCAUCCAUCGAGAGAGUAUUCCAAUGCACACAUUUGCCAAGUAUCUCUUCACCUCCCUCCUACCUCACGAUGCUGAACUGGCAUACAAGAUUGCACUCCGAGCAAUGAGGUUGCUGGUGUUGGAAUCCACAGCUCCCACUGGGGACAUGUCCCGCCCACACCACAUUGCCUCCGUAGUUCCUAACCGUUAUCCCCGUUGGUUCACCCUGAGUCAUAUUGAGUCGCAACAGUGUGAGCUAGCAUCAACAAUGCUGACUGCAGCCAAAGGUGAUGUUAGGAGACUGGAAACAGUGUUAGAAUCCAUCCAGAAAAACAUUCACUCCUCAUCGCACAUAUUUAAACUUGCACAAGAUGCAUUUAAAAUAGCAACGUUAAUGGACAGCUUACCAGAUAUAACACUUCUGAAAGUAUCGUUGGAGCUGGGCCUUCAGGUAAUGCGUAUGACCUUAUCCACUUUAAACUGGCGUCGUCGGGAAAUGGUCCGAUGGCUGGUAACAUGUGCGACUGAAGUAGGAGUUUAUGCACUGGACAGCAUCAUGCAGAGCUGGUUCACACUCUUCACUCCAACAGAGGCCACUAGCAUUGUUGCUACAACAGUGAUGUCCAACAGCACCAUUGUCCGUUUGCAUCUAGACUGUCAUCAGCAGGAAAAGCUGGCCGGCAGUGCUAGGACGCUUGCGCUACAGUGUGCCAUGAAGGACCCCCAAAACUGUGCCCUGUCAGCACUUACUUUAUGUGAAAAGGAUCACAUAGCUUUUGAGACUGCUUACCAAAUUGUCCUGGAUGCUGCUACGACUGGCAUGAGCUACACACAGCUUUUUACGAUAGCACGGUACAUGGAGCACCGUGGUUAUCCCAUGAGGGCAUACAAACUGGCCACCUUGGCCAUGACGCAUCUUAACCUGAGUUACAACCAGGAUACACACCCUGCCAUUAAUGACGUUUUGUGGGCAUGUGCGCUCAGCCACUCUCUUGGGAAGAAUGAACUAGCAGCAAUUAUACCUCUUGUGGUCACAAGUGUCAAAUGUGCAACAGUACUUUCAGACAUUCUACGCAGGUGCACUUUGACCACUCCUGGGAUGGUGGGACUUCAUGGGCGGAGGAACUCUGGCAAGCUCAUGUCACUGGACAAAUCCCCUUUGAGACAGCUCUUGGAUGCCACAAUUGGGGCCUACAUAAACACAACGCAUUCACGGCUCACACACAUCAGCCCUCGACACUACAGUGAAUUUAUAGAGUUUCUUAGCAAGGCCCGAGAGACCUUCUUAAUGGCUCACGAUGGACACAUUCAGUUUACACAGUUCAUUGACAACCUAAAACAAAUCUACAAAGGGAAAAAGAAACUGAUGAUGCUGGUCCGUGAGCGGUUUGGUUGACCAUGUGUGAAUGGGGGAGGGGGAGGGGGGAGGUUUGUUUUUACUUGAGCCUGCCUUUUUAUCCUUUUUAACUUAAGAAAAAAAAUGUCAAAACACAAAAAAAGAGCCACACCGGUAUUAUGUGUAUAGUUAAAAUUGAGUUUGCAAACUAAAUUGUCAUGUUGUGAAAGUUUGUGUUUUUUUAUUUUUUUUGUUUUUUAUUUUUAUUUUUGUUCAUUUAUCUGUGUAUGAGAGAGAGAGGUUUAAGGUUUGGUUUACACUGAGUAUAUGUUGUCGAGUGGCAAAAGCCCACAUAGCUCUCCUGUUUCUGUAUUCAUUCACAGCCUCAAAGAAAAAACGCGAAUGGCUUUAAAAGAAAUUCAAAAAAUCUUGAAAAAGGAAAAUACCAAACUUUAAAAAAAUAAAAAUUAAAAAAAAUCCUUAAACCCUUCAUCCCGCGACAAGUACCUCGAAUGGAUCCAGCUUUACUCCUCCGUAUACCAUUCUUACAUUUCAACAUAACUCCACACCACAGAACCCCAAAAAUAACAAUACUUGUAGUUACAAAAAGCAAUUAAGGCUGACUUAACGUGGCUUUGCAACGCGGUUCAUCUUAAAGCAUGGCACCACAAGCAUGUGGAAACUUAGCGACUGUCAACAUACAUUCUCAGGGAUUAUCAAGAUAAAAAGAGUGAGAGCAUUUAUUGUACUGUAUAUAUAUUAUAGUAUAUGUCUGAAUAUUGAAAACAAAGUAUAACAUUAACUAAUUUAUAAAAAAAAUAUUCUAUGUAAUGCAAAAUACUUGAAGCUGCAGUAGCUUGGUUUUAAACAAAACUAAACACUUAAGAGGAAAACAUAUCAAAGUGUGAUGUGCGCCUUGCUUCAGUGUUGGCUUGGGUGGUGAUCAUAACAUGCUGGGCAUAUAUGUAGAGCCACCUUGAUUCACUGCAUGGCUGGGCUAAUUCUGGUUGGAAAAACCCAUUUCUUUCAAUUAUUUUUUUUUCGCCUUUAUUUUGUAAGUCGGUAGGAAUAUUUUACCUUUUUAAUAUGCACACCUGGCAUGUUUGUUUUUAAAGACAUUGUAUACAGCCAGAGCCGCAAGCCUUAGCAUUAAGAAUAUAAUAUGCCACAAAGUAGGGGGUUGAAGCCUCAGACCAGACAGAUCUUCCAAGAUACUCAUUCAACACAAUAACGCAUUUAAAAAAAACAAAAAUCGGUUUUCAUCCAUGACGCCUUGGCAGCAAGCUAACAAUAAGCUAACCUGUUGUGCACAAAUAACAUUAUAUAUAUUUCUGCAUAGGUAUUUUGACUUUGUGCAGGACAGAAAGUUGUGUAGGUAUGACUGUUCAAACGUUAAAUUUUUAUUUUCCUUUUAGACUUUUUAUGUUCUUCCUCUAGAUUUACUCAAAAACAAAACAGCCUUCUAUCUUGCCUUGUCUUAAUGCUUUAAAAUAACCAAACUGGAGAUCUAACUACCAAACUGUUCAUUAUAUAAUUAAAUACCAAUUUAUUGGUUACAAUAUUGUGUCUUUAAUUUUAGCUGAAUGGUCCUGUAUCCUUGUGCUUUCUAAAGCCGUUUUUAUUUUGUUUUUGGUGCAAAAGUCUAGUGUCUCGUUCCCUUCAUUAGAGAACAUGCUUUAGGUAUGUUUGUAAGUAUUUUUGUUUAGAAAAGAGAACUUUCAUGCUCUUCAUUUUAUUUAUUAUACUAGGUAAAAGGUUGUACUUCAUCACCCCAUGUAAACAUGCUCAUGAAGUUGAAAGUAAUUCAGAUUUGAUACACUGAUAUCAAUUUAUUUAUGUAACUAAAUCACUGUUUUAUAAACUUGUUAAUGAUCAAUUUUUUUGUUUUGAUUAAAAUUAGUUUUUUGAAAGUUGA